UUUGCCUUUCUAUUUGUUACGGUUUCAGAGCGGUGGCGUCAACAACAUCUAUCGAAGGGUUUAACGAAAAUCGCGCCCUGCGAUUACUUGUGAAUUGUUAAUAAUAAAAAGGAAAACAGGAAACAGUAGUUAUGGGCAAAAAUAAAGGUGGCGGUGGGGGAGGCGGAGGUGGAGGAAGUGGUGGUGGUAGCGGCGGUGGUGGUACCGGCGGAAAUAAAAAAGGUGGUGGUGGCGGUGGAGCUGACAAAAGUGGAAGCAAAAAUAAAGGUGGCGGUGCUGGAGGUGAUAAGGGCGGUGGAAAAAAGCCGCAAGAGCAGAAAGCAGCAGCAAGUGGCGGUGGAGGAGGUGGCAAAAAAGGGGGCAAGAAGUAGCAGCGAGUGAAAUUAACCCAUCGAAUCCCAUUAAACAUCUCCAAUAAGUUCAUGAAAAUAUGUAUAAAAAAUCAUUCAUCCUCCAUCCUAUUUUAUAAGCGAAUAACAAAAUGCUUAGUUCGUAAGUGUGUAAACGUAGUGGAAUGAUGAUUUGUGUUAAUUUGACAUUUCAAUAAACUCAAACAUAUCGAAGUAAAAUGAA